CAAAAGAAAAAGAAAAAGAAGCAAAAUUAGCUAUUAUUGAAAAAGAAAAAGAAGCAAAAUUAGCUAUUAUUGAUAAAGAAAAAGAAGCAAAAGAAAAAGAAAAAGAAGCAAAAUUAGCUAUUAUUGAAAAAGAAAAAGAAGCAAAAUUAGCUAUUAUUGAUAAAGAAAAAGAAGCAAAAGAAAAAGAAAAAGAAGCAAAAUUAGCUAU